CGCGAGGGCUGCUUUUUCGGCACCACGUUCUGGCUGAGGAGGGAGGACUCCUGUUUGUCCUCCUCCUCUACAUAUUGGCUUGACUCUGCUCUGACCCCCACCAGUGCCGCGCAGUCUGGGAAAAAAAAAACAGCAGAAGCAUGGUGAAGCUGAAUGGCAACCCUGGAGAGAAGGGAGCCAAGCCGCCUUCCGUGGAGGACGGCUUCCAGACCGUCCCUCUCAUCACGCCCUUGGAGGUUAAUCAUUUACAGCUGUCUGCUCCCGAGAAGGUGAUUGUGAAGACAAGAACAGAAUACCAGCCGGAACAGAGGAACAAAGGAAAGUUCCGGGUGCCGAAGAUCGCCGAAUUUACGGUCACCAUUCUUGUCAGCCUGGCCCUUGCCUUCCUCGCCUGCAUUGUGUUCCUGGUGGUUUACAAAGCCUUCACCUACGACCACAGCUGUCCUGAAGGAUUUGUCUACAAGCACAAGCGCUGUAUCCCGGCCUCGCUGGACGCUUACUACUCAUCCCAGGACCCCAGCUCCAGGAGCCGCUUCUACACAGUCAUCAGCCACUACAGCGUGGCCAAGCAGAGCACUGCCCGGGCCAUCGGGCCAUGGCUGUCAGCAGCUGCUGUCAUCCACGAGCCCAAGCCACCCAAGACGCAGGGCCAUUAGAGGCCUGCCCCAGCUGGGAUGGGGGGUUGUGGAGAAGGGAAUGCCCCCCGCUAGUUAAGCAAGGCUGGAGCUACAAGACAACACUGUACUGCUGGGGUACGGGGUGGGGGCGGGGCAGGAUGGGGUCUGGGGAGAACUCCCCAAAAAUAUUGUGCACUGGAGUUGUCUGAAUCGAUCUUUCCUUUUGUCCUUUCGUAUUGUUGCUUCGUACCCAAGUCAGGCGCGUGUACAAAGGCAUGUUUCGUGUUGAUUGUUCCCAUGUAAGAUAUUUUCAAAGCCGCCGCUUAUUCUUUGUUAGGGUAAUUUAGAGACAGAAAAGGGAGCCAGAGAAAAAGAAUUAAAAAGCAUGAAACGGGCUCCGUGUGGAAGACACAGCAAGGCAGUAAAGAGCAGAGCCUCUCUGGGGUUUCUUAGAUAAGACGCCAUGGUUUCUGCGUGGGCGUCCGAGUAUCUGUGUGGCAAAGGGUAGGCUGUUCGGUUUGCCUGUGGUCUGCAGGAGAGGAGCACGGCAAGACGGGGAAGGCUGAAUUAGAGAAAAAGGUGAUGUUGGCAUUUCUAAACUAGGAAUGAGCAGAGUACCACUCAGUGGUGAGCUUGCAAGAGUUGCACAAACUCACGGGGGAGGCAUCCACGCUCAGCCCUGGGCAGCCCAUGAGGACCUAGGCUCUGAACGCUCACAGGGCGGCUGUUGUGCCUCAGCAAACAGGCGUGGGUAGAUGUUGUCUUUUUUUUAUUUUUCUAGGUGUCACCCUAGAUGCUGCUGCCCGUGUUUUCAAGAAGGCAGGGGUGGAAAGGGAGAGAAGGAAGAGAGGUGACAAGAUGAAGACGGGUCAGGCGGGCCUCCCUGGGCCCAGCUAAAAGUGUAGGCACCUGGGUUUCACAUUUUUGCUCUUUCCCAACGUGCUAAUGGCAGCAGGAUUCUCUUGACAAUAGACAAUUCUAGCCUGGGAAUCUGACAGCUGGGAAGAAACUUGAAGAUUGGGCUGGCAGUGGUCAUUUCUAAAAGAAGCCGGAGAAAGUGACUUCGUACUCACUUUGUUGUGUUGACAGAGGGCAUUUGUCCAAACUCUCCGGCUAGGUUCUAGAAGCACCUGACAGGGAGGCAUGGCCAGCAUCCUUGGGCUUUCCUAGCACGGGAUAGCAGGGGCCUCUUGCUUCUCACAGGCCUUCCUGGAAAUCCUUUUCUGUGGAGGUGCUGGCUCUAGGCCCAUGAGGAUGAGAACUGGCCAGGAGAGUUGCUCAUUUGAAAUGUGUUACCGUUUCCCAGUGCCUCUCCAACAGGCCGUUUAAGGGUACUUUCUUGUGGCUUGCUCUAUUGCUGAAAUCAUUGUACACAGCAGCUGGGUAAUAGUAGCGUAGCUCAAACCGUCCCGCCAGAUACUCGCAUCUGAUUUCUCCUCCCUCGCCCCUCCCCCCUCCCAUCACCUUGAGUCACCUGUAAAUUCAUCUGUCAUCUGAAACGGAUCAACAAAUCGUCCCUAGCAAAACCACAGAGCGCUUUAUAAUUUUGUGGUGUAUUUUUGUCAGUAGGUAGCAAAGGCUGAAGUAUUUUUUGGUGUAAUUCUUGAAAUUUUCUGACAGGAAAAAAAAAUAAACAUAGAUGUGUCCAA